AUGUCGGAAAGUUUAUAUGAGAGCGUCGAUUCUGCAAAAGAAGAUGGCGAGAUAUCUGACGAUGACGACAAAAAUGAUAACGUUGGUGGUGGUGACGUGAAUGCUAGAAAUAAUUUCUCCGUUUCGUGCGAAGACACAAAUGACGCUUAUAGUGAAAAAACAAAUAGGGAUGUGCAGGGAGGCCCCAGUAGACCCAGUUCAAACAACAACAACAAUAAUAAAAUUAAUAAUAAUAAUAACAACUCUAAAAUUUGUAUGAAUGCUAGUAGUAGUAGGAAGAGUAAAAGAUGGGAAUAUUAUAAGAAAAUCAUAGAAAAAAAUGAGCCAAGGAAUGAAUCGGUAUUCAAUCGUCGAUUGAACAAAUCGAAGCAGUACUACCCGCGCCCAUCCCGCCUCCGACAGCAACAACAACAACAGCAACAUUUGCGAGCAGGCACAUCCCUUCGGCCGCCUGGAUUGAUUUUUAACGAUUUAAAAUCUGAAAUGGAGUUUGGCGAGCUGUUGAGAGAGUACGAUGAGAUUAGGAGAGAGCUAGAAGUUCUCGACGCCGGGGUCGAAAUCGUUGGCGGUGAUGAUGGCGAAAUAUACAACAGCAACAACAACAACAGGAAUGACAAUGGUGAUGAUGACAUUAACGACACUAAUAUAAAUUGCAAUAAUGAUAAUUUUUUUAAUUAUGCUAGCAGUUCUUGUAAUAACAAUAUUUAUAAUAGUAAAAAUGAUAAAAUUGACGACGAUGACGACGAUGAAGAGUUGAAAAGGUUAAGAAUUUCUGCCUUGAAUUCAGCUCUCAUCAAGAGAAACAAAGUAUACUACGGCAAAAAUUAUAAUCAAGAUAAUCACAGGACUGAAAAUAUGGAUAUCGAGGGUGAUGAUGGUGAAGAGGGGGAGGAGGAAGGAGAUGGCGGUGUUGAUAAUGAUGGUCGUAAUCGUGGUGGUGGUCGUCACGAUGGCUCUGCAGAGAUCUUGCCCUUGUUGGAUUCUGGUCAACCCAGCAAAUUGACAACGACUAAUCCGAGACUGCAAACUAUGAAACAACAAAAACAACAUCAGCAACAUCUACAGCAACAACAACAACAUCAACAUUUACAGCAACAACAACAACAUCAACAUUUACAGCAACAUCAACAUCUACAGCAACAACAACAACAUCAACAUUUACAGCAGCAACAACAACACAUAUUUCCAUUCCCACAACCUUUGGACUCUAAAAGCCUAACAGAUAUAUCCAAGCCAAAACUUAAUCCAAUUGAAUCAGUCAAUAAAAAUCAUCCAACAUCAAUGUUUCCUAUAAAUUUGUUCUCAGCAACGACAACAUCCUCAAUAGCAGCACAGCAACAACUACAACAGCAGCAACAGCAGCAGCUUCAACAGCAGCAACUUCAACAGCGGUCAAUUAUGCCUAAUCUAUCUAUCUUGCAACCAAGAUUUCUGCAACAAAAUCUGGUGGGUAUUGUUCCUCUGAAAUUGCAACAACAACAACAACAACAACAACAACAACAGUUACAGCAUCACCAGCAACAACAACAGAUUAAACCACAUAUGAUUAUGCCACAGACUCAGCAUGCCAUGCAACAACAACAACAACAGUUGUUGCUGCAACAACCUUCUCAAACAAUUUUACAACGCUUCCCAGUUUUGCAGCCUUUUCAGCCUCAGCAGCUGACUCAACAGCAACAACAACAGCAGCAACAAACGUUCAUUCCUUUGCAGCAGCAUCAACAACAACAACAGCUUACAUUACCCACCCUUCAUCAACAACAACAACAACCGCAACGAUUGAUUCAACAACAGCCAGCAUGGUUGUCAGUGCAAAACAACUUGUUGAAGCAAAUAGAGCAAAGUCAACAGCCACAACAUCAGCAAAAGCAACAGUUCAAACCACCACAGCUGCCACAACUGCCACAGCCACAAAACUUAAUCAACAAUAACAACUUUAACAAUGGUCUCCUCCCAACACCUACAAAAUCAACAAAAUUCAUUAACAUCUUCAAUUCGGCCAAUCAGCUGCAAUCACUUCAACAUCAGCAGCUGCAACAACAACAUCAGCAGCUGCAACAACAACAUCAGCAGGUUCAACAACAACAUCAGCAACAACAACGACAACAACUUCAGCAACAGCAACAAUUUCAGCAGUUACAGCAUCAGCAGUUACUGAAUCAGAAAAAGUUACAAGGUGUUUUUCAGCAGAGUUUGCAGCAGCAAGGACAACACCUGCAGCUUCCAAAGCCACAGCAGCAGCAACGAAAGCUGCUUCAACAGCUGCAGGUACGACAGCGUCAGGAACGAAAACUGCUACAAUGUUUGCAGAACCAAGGCAACGAAGGCAAGGCAACUCAAGAGCCAAUCAAUAAAAUGGCUAAUAAUAAGAAUAAUAAAAACAACAACAACAACAACAACAAUAAUAAUAAUAAUAAAUUCGCCAGUUGUAAGAGAAAGAGUAAAAAAGUAAGGGCUAAGAUAAGAAGAGUUAUGAAUAAGAUCAAUAAUAAUAACAAUAAUAAUAAUAAUAAUAAUAAUAAUAAUAAUAAAGUUCUUACUGGUGAGGCAAGGUAUAUCGAAGUCAUACCCCAUCCUAUGAGUAGUGCUAAACCAUCUUCGUCGUCGUCAUCAACGUCAUCAUCAUCAUUGCAAUCAUCAUCAUCAUCGUCGUCGUUGUUGUUGUCUUCGUCGGUAAAGCAGUCGGUGAAUUUUUUGUAUUCGGCUCGGGUUUCGGCACCAAUUCCAGGUUUCAACAACAACAACAAUAAUAACAAUAAUAAUAAUAACAACAACAAUAAUUGUGAAGAUAAUGGCGGAGGGGAUGUCUUUGGAGGCAUUCUAAAAAAAUGCGACAGUGUAUACGGAAAUGCAGCUGACUUGGAUGUGAACAACAACAACAACAACAACAACAAUAAUAAAAAUAAUAACAAUAUCGUUAAUAACAAUAAUAAUGAUAUUGAUUGCUAUAAUGAUAAGGAUAAAAAUAAUAGUAAUAAUAAUAAAGAUAGUAUUGAUUAUGAUAGCGAUGAUAUGAGAUAUUUGAAGGAGCUCAGUGGCUGCCUGUUAGAGAACCAACAAUGGAAGGUUACUAGCAAUAAUAAUAAUAAUAACAAUAAUAAUAAUAAUAGUAAUAAUAAUAAUGUACAUGAUGAUGAUGAUUAUAACAAUGACGACGAUGGUGAUUUGUUGAGGAAUGAUUUGUUCCUGCUAAUUAAUGAGAUUAAGAAAGGUAUUGGCACGUCGGCAGCGGCUUCACCAGCGUCGCCACAUCGUCAUCAGCUUUAUCUUCUCUCCCCGCCACUUCCACCACAGCCUCCACUACCAUCAUCACCACCACCACCUCCAGCAUUGUCACUGCUCCCACCAUUACCACCACAAUCGCCAUCACAAUCAUCAUCACUGUCGUCGUCAUCGUCGCCUCCACCGCUUCCGACGUCGUCUUCGUUAUCAUCACCACCAUCAGCAUUGAUAUCAUUACCCCUGGCAUCAUCAUCGUCAUCAUUACAACAGCAGCAGCAACCUAACUCUUACAUCAUCAUCGAUGAUGUUGAAGAUGAUGACGACUAUGUUGCUAAUGAUAGCAACAACAACAACAACAACAAUAAUAAUAAUAAUAAUGGCGAUGGUGAUAAUGAUGAUGAAAUGUGCUUUGUCAUAUGUGAGGGCAGUGAUGAGAAUGAUUUGGUAAUAGUGGAUGAUGUCGACGAUGAUGACGAUACCACUAGGGAUGAUGAUGAUAAUAAUAAUGAUAAUAAUAAUAAUGAUGAUGAUGAUGAUGAUGAUUAUAAAUAUGAGGACGAUAAUGUUGUCGUUGUGUUGCCAUCAUCAUCAUCGUCAUCAUCUUCAUCAUUGACGUCUGCGGCUGCUCUAUCGUACUCCUUAUCGCCCAUAUCUGCAUCAUCAUCAUCACUAUCAUCCGCAAUGAUGACGUCAUCAUCAUCGUCCAUAACAUCGUCGUCGUCGUCGUCAUCAUCGAUAACGACAUCAUCAUCAUCAGGGUUGUCAAAUCAUUAUCGUCAUCUUAAUGUCGUCACGAGUGACGUCAUCUCUGUCAGUAGUAGCAGCAGUGCUAACAACAUCUACGACAUUGAUGACAAUAACCAUGAUGAUAAUAAUAAUAAUAAUAAUAACAACAAUAAUAAUAAUAACAACAACAACAAUAAUAAUGAUAAUAACAACAAUAAUAAUAAUAACAGUUAUACAAAAGGUGGUGAUGACGACGACGACAUGGAUGAAGAGGAAUUAAUGCUGAGAGCCAAGUUACUGCAUUCCUUAACCGUUCGGAGGAAUAAGAAGUAUUCAGAAAUGUUACUUAAAGGUCAAGGUGAAGGACGUGAGCAAGAACAACGACGGCAGAAGCUACCACAGCAACCACAGCAGCAACCGAAACGACAAGUGCAGCAGGAAUCACCACAGUAUAAACCUGCUUCAGUGAAAAGUAGUAAUAGCAGUGGUGGACGCAGUAGCGACAGACGCUGCAGGGACUGCAGUGAUAAACGCACCAGCCGUGAUAAACACAACGGCAGCUCUAAUAGACGAAGCAGCAGCAGUAGUAAUCGUGGCUGUAACAGCUGCCAAGAUGAUGACAAAAUUAGUCGGCGUCAUCAUCGUCGUGACGAUAGUCGCGAAAAAAUUGAAAAUUCUGAGAGAUCGAGGUGCAAAAAUGAUGAGAAAAUUGAAGAUCGGACUCUGCAGCAGCAGCGAGUGCAGCAGCUACAAACGUCACAACAGCAACCACAAUGGCAACUACAACAGCAGCACCAGCAACAACAACAGCAGCAUUUGUUAAUGCCAUCUCAACAGUAUAAUCCAUUUCAACAUUCACAGCACCAACCAGAAUUGCAUAGACAGUAUCAACAACAACUGCAGCCGCAACAACUACAACCACUGCUGCUGCCACAACAACUGUUGCUGCAACCGCAACUAAAUCAGCCUCUGCAACAACAACAACAACAUCUGCUGUUUAAGUUAUCACAAACAAUUGAAUCUAGUCUAGAUAGCUCUCAAAAGCAGCUGCAACAACAUUUUCGGCAGCAGAAGCAGCGAGAGAAUGUUUUUCAACAGUUUCAGCAGCAGUUGCAGCAACAGCAAUCGCUGCAAUAUCAAUCACAUCAAUCGUCGUCAUCAUUAAGAGUUGCCAAUCGGAGAAAAGUCAUAAUUACAUCAAAGGCCAACUCCGGUUUAGCAACUACUUCUCAGUCGAUGACGUCAACGACAGCAACAACAGCAACGUCGGCAGCGGCUGUGGUAGCAGUUCAGAAUCUCUCAAUUACAUUAGGCACUGCUAAAACUAACAUCUACAACAUCAACAACAACAAAAACAUCUGCAACAUCAACAACAACAAAAACACCUGCAACAUCAACAACAACAAAAACAUCUGUAACAUCAACAAUAACAGCAAAAUCAGCAACAACAACACCUGGGACAUCCCAACACUCCAAGUCAUUAGAAUCAGCAGCAACGACAAAAUCAACAACAACAUCUGGGAAAACCCAACUCUCCAAGCCGUUAGAAUCAGUAACAGCAACUACAACAACAACAACAACAACUGUGAUGGCGGCAACAACAUCAGCACUAGCAGCAACAUCUUCGUCACAAAAAUCACAUCAUCAAACAGACCAAUCAUCAGCUCAUCAUUCUACCUAGACAAAGGUGUCAUUAGCAAGUACAAAAUAAACAGAUAUAAACUCAACAACAACAACAAUAAUAAUAAUAAUCCACAACCACAGCAACAACAACAACUCCUUGGAAAGAGAUCCCAUCCAAAAGAUGGUGAUGAUGAUGAUGAUAAAGAAACUGAUGUCGAAUUAGACUCAAUGCUUAAGCAAGCUAGAAUUGAGCUGCUGAACUACAGGCAAGCUCUGACGUCCCUAGAGCUAGACUCGACUCGAAGUCGUGGCCAGCUUAGGCAGGCUGAGAUCAGAGUGUCGAAAAUCAGAGAGCAAUUAGUGACGGCUUUGAAGCUGGUCGAUAGCUGUCAAUCACAAGUUGCCCUCUUCUCAAAAAAGACCUCGGAGACUAGGUCAAAGAUCAUAAAUACAGAAUCGAAGAUGUCUUCCAUUAAGAGGGACAUGGCGGAAUGCUACAAGUCUAGUGUAGCAAAGUCAGUAGCCUCCAAAAGACAUGGUAGUAAUAAUAAUAAUAAUGAUGAUGAUAAUGAUAAUAAUAACGUCGGUGAUGGUAGUGAUCGUCUGAUUAAGCUGCCAAAGAAUUAUUUGGAAUCUUUUUUGAAGAAGACCUCAGCACUGAGCAACAGGCAGCGAUGUCUGAAGCUUUUGCAUACCGUCGUUCUGGCCAGGGGGACAUCUAUUUCUUCGUCACUUGGCCAGCCACGCCCCUACUGCCUUGAGAACCUAUCGGGCAAGAGGGUUGAAAUAUUUGUUGACCAAUCAAAUCGCGAGAAAUUCAAAUCGACCAAUAUCGCUGAUUUAAUGGGUUAUUUUUUUGCUCAUUAUGACUGCCAAGAGACCGGCUUCACCAGAUACUGGAUGCACGGACUAGCCAACAACAACAAUAGUAAUAACAAUAUUCACAAUAUUCACAAUAAUAAUAAUAACACUGGUAAUGAUGGCGAUGAUGAUGAAUGCUCGUCUACAGACGACGAUGGCGAUGAUGAUGAUGACGUUGAAAAUUGCCCACAAAAGUCACAGGGGCCCGACCCGAUUACUGUCGGCCUAUGCCUGUUCAGCAGGGCUAUCGAGGGCGACCAAUCAAAUUCCUUGCUCUGGUUCCAUUAUUUAAAUUUAUUUCAAAAAAUGAUUGACGGCCUUGGGGCCACUUCCGGCGGCGGUAGCGGUAAUGAUGAUAGUAGUGAUGAUAAUAGUAGUAAUAAUAAUAAUAAUAACAAUAAUGUGAAAUAUAUCAAAAAUAAGGGUAAUAACAACGGUCUUAGUAAGAGUGCUGGUGCUGAUAACGAUAGCGCUAAGCCCUCACCAUCAUCAUCAUUGCAACCUACUACGUCAUCUUCAUCAGCUGCAGCAGCAGCAGUAGCUGCAUUAGCAUCGUCCUCAUCGCAACCGACAAACAUCUUUUACAAUAUUGAGAAUGAGAAGUACAAUGCGAUGUUGAAGCAGCUGUUUGAUCUCUACGAACUUGCCCUCUUAAAGGCGCCCUCCAUCCAAUUGUAUUUCAAGGUGAAGUACAUAAACAGAGCCGACAGCCUAUUGGAGAAGUUGAAAUUGUGUCAGCGAGCCGUCAAAUACCUUUGCUCUAAUCUGGAUCACGACGACAACAACAACAACAAUAAUAAAAAUAACCAUAAUAAUAAUAAUAAUAAUAAUAAUAAUAAUAAUAAUAAUAAUAAUAAUAAUAAUAGUGGUAGUGGUAGUACUAGCGGUGGCGGUCACAGCGACGACGACGACAGUAGAGUUAAUGAAGUCAGGUCGACCUACUUAUUGGAGUUGUUACUCUACCAGGUUUACUUGCGUUUCGUCAGUGGCAAAAACGCUCUUGGCAUCCAAGUUUUCGAGAGCGUAUUGAAAGCUGAUAAACGUCAACAAGAUGAAAAUGGAAAUGGUGACGACAAUGAUAAUAAUAAUAAUAAAAAUAAUAAUAAUGAUAAUAAAAAUAAUAAUGAUAAUAAUAAUAAUGAUAAUAAUAAUAAUAAUAAUGAUAAUAAUAACGAGUUGAUAUCCUACUUGACGAAAGAGGAUAGAUUGAUACUGUGGAUGAAUUACAUUCAUUUCUUCAUCUUUAGUAUGAAAAAAAUCACUUCUUCUUCUGCUGCUACUGCUGCCCCUACUGUUACUUCUACUACUACCACAACAACAACAACUACUACUACUGCUACUACUACUACUACUAAUAAUAAUAAUAAUAAAUCAGUGAAUAACGGUGAUGAUAAGUCAGCAGCGUUAACACACGUCGACCUGUAUAAAAAUUGCGCCAACUAUAAGAAAAUGAUUGACGGCUUCAUUCAUUUAUUUGACGUCGGCGUCAAAAGUUGCGAGAGUUUUGCAGCAGCUGCUGCAGCUACGACAAUGGCGUCAGCAUCGUCGGCCACAGUGGCGUCAACGCCGGCUGCAUUGGUGGCGUCAUCAGCUGCGAAAACGUCGGCAGCAGUGAUGUCGGGGUUCGAUUCGCUGCUGGAGAGUUUAUACGUUUCGUACGUUAAUUUACUACUGGAGUUCGAUAUGAGGAAGAGAGCGAGGGAGAUGGUGACGGGCUGCUUGGAGAGGCACGCAAAUUUUUGCGAGAUAUGGAACGUACUACUUACCCACUUGUGUCGUCAUAAAAAUAAUAAUAAUAAUAAUAAUAAUAAUAAUAGUGAAGAUGACGUCAUGAUAAUUGAUGUCAAUGACGAUGAUAGUGAUAAUAAUAAUAAUAAUAUUGUUGCGAAUACUACUACCACUUCUGCUACUCCUACUACUACUACUACUACUACUACUACUACUGAUAAUAAUAAUAAUAAUAAUAUAACUGAGAUGAUGAAGAUAGCGCUUAGUCACAACAUAUUCUCGGCCAAGUUAACCUACAAUAUCUCUAUACUGCUUGCAGAACAGGGAAAUAUGGAUGAAGCUCUCUCAUUGGUCGAGCUACUGCCAAUGAGAAUCAUCCAAUGUGGUCAUCUAAAUAAUGACCCUAACCUCAUGUUCUGCGCGCUAUUGAACUUUGAUCGACCAAUCACAUCGGCCCCAGUUUGUUACGUUGAAAACUUCAAUGAGAAAAUACUUGCCUAUGAUAAUGCUUAUUUUUGGCUCUGCUAUUGUUUAUUGUUAGACUUGCAAGGCGAUCACACGGCUGCCGGCUUAAUAUUCGAAAAAGCUCUCAACCAAUCAAAAUGCCCAAAGUCUCAAACCGAAAUCCUAUUGGCUGCUGUUAAAAGAAAGACUUUUCUAGCGCGCUGUUUUUCGUCCGAGAGUCUUGCCGACGAAUCAAAAACGAUAUGGGAACUUUUCAGCAAAUCAUUGCGCGUUAUCUUGACGAAGAAACGCCUACGCUUUAACGCUAUUGGUCGAAGGAGUUGGAUCAAGAGCUACGAUUGGAUGAAUGUUGCUAUCGAUUGUUUUGUUCAGCAAAUGUUGUCACAGGAUUCUCUGACGCAGUUUUAUGAUUGGAUACUGCCAAAGAUGAUUGACAAUGUUCCAUUGGCCGUCAGAGCUCUUACUCACUUCAUCACUAUUGGCCGAUUCAACCUAUUCAAUGGUUUCCUGGCCAUGAUGGUGACGACCUACAAGUGGGACCAUUAUCAGAAUCUCUCCUUCUGGAAAAUCUACAUGAAAGCCUUGCACGAAGAGUUUGACCCCGACAAGGUACGAUGCGUCUAUCAGACUGCCUUACACUAUUUGCCAUACCAUCGUCUUCUCUGGAAGGAUUACCUAAUGUUCGAAAUAUGCGAGAAAAACGCCCACACGAUUGUGAGAGUCGUCGACAGAUGCCAGCAGCUGAACGCCAACGUCAGGCACAUCUUCACGACGCUACUCGGCAAGGGCUGUCUGGUGGAGGAGAAGACCUCAUCCUGAUAAUGAUCCUCAUCCCGAUACUGAUGAUGGGCCCAUUACAUUCGCAGGUGGCUAUGAUGACGACGACGACCACCAAGAUGAUGGUGAAAGUGUAAGUGAUGUGUGGUGUGCGUGUGUAUGUGUGUGUGUGUGUGUGGUGUGUAUGCGUGUUUGUAUGUGGUGUGUAUGCGUGUGUGUAUAAAUACACGACAGACAAAAGUAUGUGUACUUGGUUAAAAAUUUCUAUUCAAGUCCACGUGGUCUUUACAUCAAAGACAGCGAACAUUCAUCCACUCGUUCAUUUGUUAUUUUUUUAUUCAUUCAUUCAUUCAUAUUCAUUCAUUCAUUCAUUCAUUCAUAUUCAUUCAUUCAUUCAUUCAUAUUCAUUCAUUCAUUAUUCUUUUGUUCAUUCGCAUUUCAUAUCCAUUAUUUUACUCAUUCAUUUAUGUUUGUUUAUCAAUUUGUUCCUUCUUUCGUUCAUUUGAUCCUGAGUUUAUUCAUUCGUUCACUUUCUUUCAUACAUUCGUCUUUUCUCGAUUAACACUUAGGAGAAAGUAUCGUAAAUGCAAUGCAGUAAGCAUUUGCGUGUGUGUGUGUUUGUGUGCGUGUGUGCAUGCGUGCGUGCGUGUGUGCGUACGCUCGGUUUGUUGUACAAAAAAGCAGCCAUCGUACAGCGGUAAUGCAUUAACUGCUGUAAUACACCGGUGAUGGACUGAAGAAAAGAAACCAUGGAAGAGGAGGAGUGAAGAUUGACAGAAAGAAAGAAAUAAAGAGAAUUUUUUUUAAUCGUCUUGCUGAUCGUUCGUUAACUACUUACGGAAAGAUGAUUCUAUUCAUUUUUCCAUCACCAAUGUUCUCGAUUUUUUCUCUCUUUCUCUCUGUCAUUCUCUCUCUUUCUCUCUCUCUCUCUCUCUCUCCAUAUAUUUAUAUAUAUAUAUAUAUAUGUAUAUAUAUAUUGUUUUUGUUUAGUUUUUUAAAAAUACAUUAAAUUAUCUUGGUUUUUAUGUAUAUAUAGACACACAGAUGCAUACACAUACAGAAACAAACAAUUAAACGCACCGGCCUUAUAUAUAUUUAAGUGCCCUGAUUCUUUGUGUAGGGCGCUAUAUAAAUGAAUAACCCUUAGUGAACAGUAACGAUAAUAUGUAUAGAGAGGACUGUGAUUUUUAUAACUUUCUUUUGUUUUGUUAGAUUUUUUUUUUUGUCACACACACACACAUAGUAUCCAUAUAUAUGUAUAUAUACAUACAUACAUACAUAUAUAUAUAUUUGUAUAUAUACUUGUAUGUAUAUAUAUAUACAUGAUAGUUUGAUUGUUUCAGUUGAAUUAUUUUUUGUUGCUGAAUAAAUUAAGGUUUUUUUCUUGAUU